AUGAACAAGUUAGACUAUACAAGAUUUUGCCCCCGGAAGAUAGAUUACACCAAAGAAUUCCAAUUACAAUUGGAACGAAUAUUUGAAGGCAACGUUCCUAAACUAUACAAGCUUCGACAACGGAAAAACAUUGAAAGUUUCUUAACAUGUUUAGAUCUAGAUAGUGAGGCCAACGAGUAUCUUUUAAUUGGCAAGGACGAUGGCAGUGUUGAAUUAUGGGAUACAGAUGAUCGAUUGACGAAAAAUGACACACAAUAUGAGGUGGUUAAUAGAAGGAUAAAUUUCUAUAAGGGAACCAAAACCGGGAAUGAGAUCCCCACCCAUAGUGUGUCUAGUUCCUCGAACCAUCGCUUGAUACAUAGCUACACCUCCAACAAUCGAGCGUAUCGUAUGUAUCGUGGUUCAUCAUCAUCAGCUUCUCCUUCUUCUUCUUCUUCCAUACAAAAGGAAGGUUCAAGCACAAGCACACUAUCCUAUCACCAGUAUAGUAUCAAUAGUAUCCUAUGGUAUCCUCGUGAUAAUGGAAUGUUUUUCACAGGAUCUGGAGAUCGGUGUGUAAAGAUCUGGGACACAAACAGGUUUUCCCCUGUACAAAGUGUUGAUUUACGGUUUGCCGUGAAUGAAGUAUCAUGUUCCACAAACAAUGUUUUAGGGAUUGCGAGUCAGGAUACGGUUCCGCGGCUGAUAGAUUUGCGAGAGGCAAUAGGGCAAGGCGCUAUCACCAUGGGAUCUCGUAGUAGACAGCCGUGUAAAAACGCCUUAACAAGCAUCCAGUUUAAUCCAGUACCAAGUAGAGAACAUUUUAUUCUGACUGGUGAUCGACAAUCGGAUGUACGGCUAUGGGAUUUACGUGUUCCACAACAAGAAUUGGCCAUUUGGCCUGGUGGUACUGCCGGUAUUGCCUGGGAGCCAGAAAAGGCGCAAGAGUUUUGUUCCAUGGGGACUGAUGGAUGGUUACGAAUAAGAGCCGUGGGAAGUGAUGGCAGUGGUAGGAACUCCGAUCACGUGGGCAGUGGGCGGGUGGUUGGGCCACGUGACCCGUUACGCGUCAGUUCCGGUGGCGAGACGCGUAAACACACUGGGCGGCGUAUCACGUGGUGUGGGAAUAUGGUAUUGUGCCAUACGGCCCUGGGCACAGUGGAGGCGCACGUGCCGGCAACUGGGCGGCUAUGGCGGACGUUAGAAGCAGAAGGAAUCGCCACAGACGGCGCCGCACAUACGGGAGGAUUGGCACUACAGGGUGGUCUAGGGCACCCUGCGGGGUUGCGACUGUUCCUGGGGUGUGGCAGUACGCUCGUGGACUGUGGAGGAUGUUCCGUGGAAGGAUAA